AUGCUUUACUUCCCCCAGAUCCUCUCCUCGCUGGCACUGGCUGCUACCGUCCUCGGUGCGCCAACUAGCGAUGUGGAGAAACGCGCGCAGACUGUCUACAUGGCUGGAGACUCGACGAUGACGAAAUGGGCUGCGGGCUCUGCGGAGCAAGGCUGGGGUGUCUACCUCCCCUACUCCCUCUCCCUCUCGGUAGUAAACAAAGCCAUCGGAGGCCGCAGCUCGCGCUCCUUCACCGUCGAAGGCCGCUUCACCGAGAUCGUCAACCUAGUAAAAGCCAACGACAUCGUCAUCAUCGAGUUCGGGCACAACGACGGCGGCUCGCUGACCCCCACCGACAACGGACGCAGCGUAUGCCCCGGCGGAGGCUCCGAGACGUGCCAAUCCACCUACAACGGCGCUGCCACGACCGUGUACACGUACCCGUUCUACCUGCUGCAGGCGGGCAAGGCGCUGGUCGCCAAGGGCGCAAAGGUCAUCUACAGCAGCCCGACGCCAAACAACCCCUGGGAGACCGGCAGCUUCGUGUACAGCGAGAGCAGGUUCUACGGGUACGCCGAGAAGGUUGCAAGCCAGAUCGGCGCGAACGCUAUGUAUGUUAACCACGGCGCGUAUGUGGCGAGCAUCUUCGAGAGCAUGGGUAAGACCAAGGUCGAUGCGCUGUUUCCUGCAGAUCAUACGCAUACCAGCCCCCAGGGUGCGGAUAUCGUGCACAAGGCGUUUGUCAAGGCGCUGCAGUGCGACGGUGCUGGGUUCCUACAGGGGUUCGUCAAGAACGCCACGGCGAGCAUUGAGGGAACCUGUCUUUAG